AUGAUGCUAACUGACAGCCUGACUUGGAUAGCAGAUCGGCCUGAGUUUAUGCAGGAAGUGUGUUCACUUGUUGAAUGUAUCAUUACCAAAUUUGUUCAGCCUGCAAGUUCUGGGCAGUUUCAGAACUGCAGUCAGAGAAAAGUUCUGAUGAAGAUGCUGCUGAUCUUCAUGAAAGGAAAGACAGUUGCCUUACUGUGCUGUAUACUAGACUCUCUUGUUGAAUCAGUGGAAAUGUUUUGUCAAAAGCUGAAAGCAUCUCAGUUACAUGGUGUAGCUGUUGACCCAGAUUUGUUUGAGAGUGGCUAUUAUAUCAUCAGUUGUUUGGAACUGGCCAUGAAAACAUGGGCAGAGGAUAACCCUGUCCCUGCAUCCAUACUGCUAGAAGCACAGGAAAAGCUGGAUCAGGCUUUGCUACAGAUUGCUCAUUAUUUUCCGUUGGUGGCUCAAGCUUUAUCAAGAGUAACUUCACUGAUUGAAGCCAUCCUUCAGAAUAGAUGA